GCUCAGUUCUGUAUUGUGAAUGUAACCAACUAGUUAUCAUAGUUAACUUCAUUCUAGAUAUAUUGUCGGCCAUAUUGCUGUGAAUGAAUUGUGCGUUAGAUUGAGGCUAAGAGCCCUGAAUUUUAUCAUCCAACAUCUUCUGGUUGGAAUUUUUGAUUAAAUUAUAUAGUGCCAUGGAAAAUUCGUACGGCAUAGGCGUAGCGAAUCGCUAUGCACUUUUUUUGGAUGAUGAUGCAGAUCCAUUAGAAGUAUUAAAAGUACAAGAACAAGAGAAGGAAUUGAAAAAAAAGACGAAGGUGGCCGAAAAAGAAAAUAAAAUCAAAACUGAUGUACCAGCGAAAACAAAACCUGCACAAACUGGACCACGGAAAACAAUCAAAGAUAGUCAAAAUGUGAAACCACAGGAAAAGCGGGAAGGUGAAGUGAAGAAAAAUGGCCCACCACGGAAUACGGAACAACGAGGCGAACGAAAUGUGAAAUUCUCUGGCGAAAAUCGUGAAGAACGUAAUAACAGACGCAAUCGUGAUGAUAAGUCAUCAUUUAACGGUGCAACCGAAAAUACUGCUCGUUUUAAUCGUGAUGACCGACCGCCAAGAAGAAAUGACAACCGUGGAAGUGGUGACAAUGACAAUGAAUCUGGACCACGUGGAGGACGUAGUGGAGCCGCUGGACGUGAUAAUCGUGAUGGACGUGACAAUCGGCCGCGACAACCACGUGGUGAAGGUGUACGCAGGAAUUUUGAAAACCGUGGCAAACGUGAAUUUGAUCGUCAAAGUGGAUCUGAUAAGACAGGCGUGAAACCCGUUGAUAAACGUGAUGGCGCUGGCGCCCACAAUUGGGGUUCACACAAAGAUGAAAUUGAUGAAUUGACAAAACCGGUUAUUGAUCCAAUUGACGCGACAUGGGAAACAGUUGACAAAGUUGAAGGUACAUCUUCUGAUGGAACUGAACAGAAACCUGGCGAACCAAAUGCAAAUGCGGACCCAACUAAAGCUGGCGAACCUGACGCUGCAAGUCAACCUCAAGCUCCGGCCGAAGAAGAAGUCAAAGAAUUAACAUUAGACGAAUGGAAAGCACAAAAAGCCGCUGGACGUCAAAAACCACAGUAUAAUCUACGUAAAGCUGGUGAAGGUGAGGACUUAACACAAUGGAAAAAAAUGUACGCGUUGAACAAAAAGAAAGGCGAAGAAACUGACGAAACCGACGAAGAUGAAUAUGAUGUGUCCGAGUAUCCACAACGAGUUGGCCGUCAAAAGCAUGUUUUGGACAUUGAAGUACGCUUUAGUGACUCACGGCGAGGUGGUCUAGCUGGAUCCAGAGCACGUGGUGGUCCCAGAGGUGGUCCAAGAGGAGGACCUAGAGAUGGUGGCGAUCGUGGUGAUCGUGGCGAGCGUGGAGAACGUGGUGAUCGUGGCCCCAGAGAUGGUGGUGAACGUGGCGAGCGUGGGGAACGUGGUGAGCGUGGCGAACGUGGCCCAGGUGGUGGCAACAAGGAAAGAAAGAACUUCCGAAAUAAUCCAACUGAUGAUCAGGCUCCUGGAGCAGCUGGUGCUGAGGAGCCCGCAGGCGGACGAGCUGAAAAAGGUAAUCCACGCCAGAAUGCUCGUCAAAGUGCUCCAAAAGUAGAUGACGAACAUGAUUUUCCAUCAUUGGGCUAAACCGCAACUAAACUCAACCAAAAUCGUCAACGAAAAAUCAAAAAUAAACCAGUGAUCCACCACGCAUCAAAACAAUAAAAUAAAAAAUACAAAAAUUCCUAAAAAAAUCAAAAAUAAAAGAAAAAUUUUAAAGUAAAAUGAUUUUACUCAAAAAAAAACUUAUUUAGGACAUUUUCACCUCGAAAAGAAAAUCCGAACAAAAAAAAUUGUACAGUUUGUUUUCUCUUAACUCCGUUUCAAAACACACACACAGUUCAGUCUCGACAUGAAUUCCAACCAGUGGAAAAUUUGAAUUUAUUUUUCUGUACAAAAGUAAAUUGAAAUUUUCCAUAAAGCAAAAUUGGCCUAAAAUAUGAUAACGCAUGAUUUAUAAAGAAAAAAAAUCAGCAUUUUAUGUUUCAUUCAUCAAAAUUGCUUGUGUUCAAGCUGAUUCCAGACCCCCCCUCUCUUCUGCCUCCUUGGAGCAAGAACAUCUAUGGUAUAUAUUAUAUCAUUUUAUUUUUUACUGUAUUUAUGAUGGUCACCCUUUCUGACAUCCCAAAAAAAGACCUAUUUUUUUUUAAAUUUAAUUUGUUGUUAAAUCGUGGAAUUCGUGGCCAUCAUAUAAAGUUUAUCAAAAAAAUUGUGUGGAAUCAUCUCAAAAAAUAAAAUUUGCCCAAAAAAGUUUAUGAGUAAGUCGCUUUUUUCUUUUUUUUUUUUUUUUAAUAAAUUAUGUAUAAAAAUUCUUUUUGGAACAUGCGCAAAACAUAUUCAAAUAUACAGGGUGGACCAUUUUAAUAUAUUAUUUCUAAUAGCUUGUUUUGUAGUUAAUUCAUUAAAAAAUAACUUUGGCAAAAGACGCAGAGUUUGAUGGGCGGAUAAGUUAGUUUAGGUAAGAGUGGUUGUCCUGGGGUGGUAUACACUUGGCCACCCCACGAGACUUCAGGUCGGAGAAAUCGUCAAAAAAAGGCUGGCUCAAAGGAGUCCACUUCCUCGAGGUACGAACUGGGCAGUGACAGAGAAGAUGAGACAUCGUUUCCUCCUCCUCCUCACUAUGACAGCUCCUACAAUAGUUAUGAUACACUGCCAGGCCCAGGCGUUCAGCGUGCCUCCCACCUAGCCGAUAUCCUGUAGAAGUCGCAACUAUUUUGCUAAUAGAGACCCUUGGAAGUGAUAUAAGAUCUUCGGAAUGCCUACGAUUGUACUCAGAUCAUAUCUGUCUUGUAGUACCACAAGUACGUUCCGUCCUCCAUCUAAAAUUGGCCUUUUUUAAGAUAUCCUUCGAGGACCAACUUGUCAUUCGCAAAUGGAACUUCCGAAUGUCUAUUGAUACUUGUGUCCGGCAUUGUGUUCUAGCAAGCUCUUCGGCUUCAACAUUUCCUGUUGAUCUAAAUCCAAUCUGAUGUCAGAACAUGAUGUCCUCCAUCAAAUUCUACAACUUUUGUUUAAGUUAUUUUUUUUAUUGGUUAACUAAAAAAACGAGCUAUUAGCCAUAAUAGAUUAAAAUGGUCCACCUUGUACAUAAUAUAUAUAUAUAUAUAACGUAUAUAUUAAUCACACGACAAAAGAAAAAUCGCUAAGCGAUUUUUGAAAAAUUUCUGUUUGUUUUUUGGAGACAAACUCUUUAAAUUGUUUGUGUAUUGUACUUAUACUAAUACUAGAUUCGACUGAGAUCGACUUGAUUUGACGUCGACGCCGAUACUCGGUUGGGUCGCGAGGUAUCAUUAAAAGAUACGCAUAUAAAUUAUGUGCACAUGCGUACAUGCGUCGUGUUAAUAUUUAAAAAAAAAAAACAUAGUUUUUCUUUGGACUUGUUAAUUGUGAAUUUUUGAACUGAAUAUUAUAAAAAUAUAGCUCUAUAGUUUUAUAUUAAUGCAAAA